GACGGAAAUUGGGGGCCUGCCUUCGCCCCUGUCUGCGUCUCUCUCGCUUCUCUGUGCUACGGGCUUUUGUGAACUUAUGUGCUUCGUGGAUGUGUUGUGCUAACAGUGCACGUGGGACGUGGUACGUCCUAUGUGCAUUGAUGCUGGCGACGUAAAUCUGGUGCUACGUGCUUCGAGAGCUUGGUGCUACGUGAAUUGUCUUACGUGCGACGUGAACGUUGCCAUGGGUCACUGCAGCGUGAGCUUGAGCCACUGUCUACUUCUGUGGAACUUGGGCGGCUGGGCUAAGUCGUGGCCGAUGGCUUGCGCGUCGUUGGUUGAUCGUUGUGGGAUGGAGGCUUCGUCGGCAUGACUGACUAAGGAAAUGCUACAAGAUGCACGACCAGCGUUACGGCUCACAUGACGGCACUGCUUCCGACAGCUCCCUUGGUGAGCAGCAACUGCCUGAUUCAUACAUUACAAGACUACAUGUGCAGAGGCAGAUUGGAUGCGGACUACUUGAUUCAUACAUCACAAGACCAAGACCUGCUUAACAGCACUGGCACUCUUAUAAGAAGAGGAAGAAGAGAGAGGAGGAGGAAGAAGAGAGAGGAGGAGGAAGAAGAGAGAGGAGGAGGAAGAAGAGAGAGGAGGAGGAAGAAGAGAGAGGAGGCACUCUUAUAAUCUUAUAAUUGAAGGCGACUUCGGACAACUGCACUCUGGCCGUCAUCGAUCACACACCAUCUCGGUCCUGACAGCUCCCCCCGGACAAUUCUCAGUCACACGGUCACACGGUCAGUCACACUGUCACACGGUCGCACGGUCAGUCACACUGUCACACGGUCUCGGCCUCCACCCAACUGAGAUUCACAGACAUGCGCACUUCUCUCUCUCUCUCUCUCUCUCCCCAAGACAUGCGCACUUGCACAUGCACAGACGCACACACAGUGGAAACUAGUCAAGCAAGCCAUUGACAUACACAUUUAAGAUUUUGGUUGAUCACAAAAUAUAUUCAGCAAACACAUCAAACAGACUCAGAAUCGGAAUCGGAAUCUUCAUUGAGCAAAGAGAUUAAUUAGGGACAGCAUUUUUUCUGAGAAACGUGCGGAGAACGCGGUCUGCAACUGUGUGGGUCAUUUCACUCAGCGCGAAAGAAAGAACUAUGCAGAGAAGGUAACGGCUUCCCGAAGAAAACUGUCUCAGUAAAAGAAAUGAAAAAGGCUCGGUGGCAACAGGUCAUCGAGUAGUGAAUGGCAGCCUCUAAUGGGCUAUGACGAAGGGAAGGGCUCCCCAGGGGAGAAGGGAAAGGGGGAGUCGACCGGGUUGUGAGAGAGAGAGAGAGAGAGAGAGAGAGAGAGAGAGAGAGAGAGAGAGAGAGAGAGAGAGAGAGAGAGAGAGAGAGAGAGAGAGAGAGGUUGGAGUCGUCGUGUGUGGCCCAUGCCACGCAGCACGUGCCAAAAGCAGCCACCCACCUUCGCCGAGAGAGAGAGCUGUCUCUUAUACACAUCUAGAUGUAUUUCAAGCCGCUGGGAGUGAACAAGCUCACCAGCGAUGCGGGGUGGGGCUGCAUGCUGCGGAGCGGCCAGAUGAUGCUUGCUCAGGCACUUCUUUGCCACUACUUGGGAAGACAAUGGCGGCGCGACACAAAGGCCGGAGAGUAUCUCAGCAUUGUAAGGAGCUUUGGCGACGAUGACUCUGGUGAUUGCCCGUUUUCGAUCCAUAAUCUGAUAGCAGCUGGCAAGCCCCAUGGACUUGCUCCGGGAUCGUGGCUUGGCCCGUACGCCCUAUGCCGAUCGAUAGAGGCACUGUCAUUGACGGAAAACGGUCAGUCUGCACUUCCAAUGACGGUAUAUGUCGUGGCUGGGGAUGCAGAAGGGGAGAGAGGAGGGGCCCCAGUGCUUUGUACCUCCGAUGCGGAAGAUCUUUGCCGGCAGAGACUUCUCAAUUCCUCUGGUGGAUCGGGGAUGCCAGUGGUGUGUGCACAAAAAGAUGCUGCUGAGCAAAGGGGGGGCAUGGAGCAUAAUGCAACAGAGCACUGGGCGGACCGUGGGUUUUCAAAGAGUGAUGUAGAGGAGGCAGAGGGUUGCGAGAACAGGGAUGUUCAUGGAAGGUCUGCAGAGGUUGGAGACAAUGAGGGUGAGGGUUCAAACCAUGAGAAGAGUAGCUUGGACGACUGGGGACCAUUACUGGUGCUUGUGCCGCUUGUUUUGGGAGUAGACAAAGUGAAUUUAAGGUACCUACCUUCGCUUAAGAUUUUAUUCACUUUCCCACAGACUUUGGGCAUUUUAGGUGGGAAACCAGGAGCCUCAACCUACCUAGUUGGAUAUCAGGGGGAUCAUGCCCUCUAUUUGGAUCCACAUGAAGUGCAACAGGUCGUGAACAUUACGGUCGAUGAUCUUGACACAGAUACGAGCUCUUAUCAUUGCGGGUAAGUGUGCAGAGCUGCAAACACUCGCU